AUGCGAAUGAAGGCAAAAUUAACAUUCGACGAAUACUUUGAUUAUGUCAAUUUUCCAUCGUUGAGUCUUUCUCCCGACGGUCAACAUUUACUUAUUCAUACGAGACGUCCAGUUUGGGAUUCCAACUCAUUUGAGAACAGCUUAUGGCUUUAUGAAACUCAAGGACAGAGAAAAAAACUGAUUAAAAACAAACUAUCCGAAACUGUCAAACCAAAAUGGUCACCAAGCGGAAAUUGGAUUGUAUUGUUGCUCAAUGAAAAUUCUACAACAAACACUAAACAUGACCAACAUUGCGAUCGACAAUCAUCCGAACAGUAUAUUUAUCUCUAUUGUAUGACAUCUGAUGAAUUGCUACCAGUUCGAAUUGGAGUAGAAAUCCCGUCUGCUAUUGCAUGGUCUAAUAAUGAUUCAUCUCUUUUCGUUUCUACAAUGGUAUCAAGAUCGAGAGAAGAUAAUUUGCAUGAAAUUGAAUGGAAAGAUGUGAUUCAAUAUCGCGAGCGUAAAUCUAGUGACGAUAGUAUCAUUUAUCGUAUUGAUAUAGACCGUAAAAAUCAAGUGUUAACAUCGACCGCAUGUUUUGUUAAAAACGUCUCGUUUCCAAUUAGUGAACUAUUGUUUUCACCUGCUGAACAGAAACUUGUGUUUACAUCGACAUCAAAACUCUACGAACACUUAGAUGGCUUUGAAAUGUAUUCAAUCAAUUUACAGAAUGAUUUCUCGUUAUCGAAAUUGACAAAUAAUGAACAAAUUGAACAUAAUUUACAAUUAUCAGUGGACGGUAAACAUAUAUUGUUUCAAGUGACACCCUACAGUUCGAGUAAUGGAAAAUUCAAUGAUACCCAACGACGAUUACAUUCCGUAGAUCUAACAAACGGACAGACUGAACGUUUAGCAAAAGAUUUCGAUGGUAGUAUUGAAGGAUACGCGAUAAGAUCCGAUGGCGGUGCCUACAUACUCGGACAAUUAGGAACAAACGUUCAAGUCUAUACACAACGAUCCCCAUCGAAAUAUUCCAUUUUGAACACUGGAUGGAGUGGAACAUAUGAAUCGAUUUCAUCAUCAUUGAAUUCAAUUGCUUUCGUAUAUUCAUGUUUUGAACGACCAAAGGAAAUUUAUUUUAUUAAUAAAAUUGACAAACUUCAAUUUGCAAAGGUACUAACAAACGAAAAUAAACUUUUCACUAGACGAAAUUUACCAAAAGCGAAAGUAUAUAAAUGGAUCAACGGUGAUGAUCAUCGUAUGAUUGAAGGAAUUUUACAUUUUCCACCAGGAAAAUUUGAAUGUAAAAGUCUGCCUCUUCUCGUUUUCAUUCACGGCGGUCCAUAUUCAGCAAGUGUCAAUCGAUUUCAAGCGAGCACAAAUUAUUGGACUUCGUUAGCAGCAUCCGAAGGUUGGUUGGUUUUAGAACCCAACUAUCGUGGAUCAACCGGUUAUGGAGAUCAAUUUCUUAGCGAAGUUCGUUUUCAGCCUCUAUCUCGACCUGGUAGAGAUAUUCUUGCAGGCGUCAGUCGUCUUAUUAAGGAUGGAAUUGCUGAUCCGAAUUAUCUUGCUGUUGGCGGUUAUAGCUAUGGUGGAUUUUUGACAAACUGGCUGAUUACCGAAACUACGCUCUUUCAUGCUGCUUUGUCUGGUGCUGGUUCAGUGGAACAUGUCUCUGCUUGGGGUACAAUGGAUCUACCUGUACAUCUCAGCUAUUUAUUUGGAGGAUUUCCAUGGGAAAUACCACAUAGAUAUCAGAAUGAAUCACCUAUUUAUCAUUCAGAUAAGAUACGUACACCCACACGUAUUGUCACCGGUGAGAAUGACGUACGCGUGCCUGCUGAUCAGAGUUACAUAUUGGAACGUAGCCUAUAUUAUCUCGGAACACCCGUCAAAUUAUUAGUUUUUCCAAAUGAAGGACAUUUUAUGAACAAAAAUCCUUGGCAUGGAAAAAUAAAAGUUCGCGAAGAACUCAAAUGGUUACAAAAAUACGGUCAUAAAUCCUUUGAAACAACAAAAAUAUGA